AUGUCGUCAAUCGUAAAUGUCAGUAGGACGACUGGAGAUUCAGUUGUGAGCUCUGAAAGAGAUGAGGUCAUGCAUGAUUUUAUAUUCGUGAACUAUGUCAUCCUCUCGGCCUUAAUUUCGACUCCGGGAGUCGUUUUCAACAUCGUCAGCGUCGUCGUCUUCGUCAGACUGGGUGUGUCCGACACCAUCAACAUCUCGCUGCUGGGUCUUGCCCUGGCCGACAUCGGCGUCCUGCUGACCAUGACGGGCUACAGUGUUAUGUACAAUCCUCUGGUCCUGGCUUCGGUGCCUCAGAUGGAUGUCAUCGACGCCGUCAACUACGUCGUGCUGGGCACACCCCACGUGCUAUUCAGCCGGAUAGCCGGUUGUUUAACGGCUUUUAUCGCCGUAGAGAGGUGUCUGUGCAUCGCCUGGCCGUUACGUGUCAAAUCACUUUUGACUCCCUGGAGGACUGGGAUGGUGGUCAUCUGUAUUUAUAUCGUCCUCGUGUCCAGUACAUUGAGUCUCUUCGUUGCUAAUCGGAUUGGACCAAGGUUUAACCAAGAGUUUAACUUGACGGUUGUUGGACUGAUUGUUGCGUCAAAUGUGGAAUUAAUGGAAAACAUCACCCUCACUUUUUACAUCAUAGCUCAGAUAACGGCAUUUGUCGUCGUCACAAUGUCCACACUUGGUCUGGUGAGGUCCCUACUCAGAGUCGCCAAAUGGAGAAGGUCCACCUCAAUGUGUUCCUACCUUAACCACGUGUCCAUCCGGGACAAACAACUGGUCAAAAUGGUCGUCACCCUAUCCACAGUCUUCAUCGUCUGCUCCCUGCCAACAGUCGUGGGUAACCUGGUCAUGAUCUUUCUCAAAGACUUCAAUGUCAAGGGCACGGGUAAAUCCCUAUUCAUCUGCUGCUUCUCUGUGUUCUUUGUUCUAGAAGCCAUCAAUUCAAGCGCCAAUAUUUUCAUCUACUUCAAAAUGAGCUCGAAAUUUAAAGAGAUGUUCUUGCUACUGUUCAGAUUAAAUAUCAAAACUAUGAAAAGGUAG